CAACCAAUUGUAGCGCCCCAUCCAUCCCAGCUCACGCACACCUUACAGACCGCCGACUGAACUACAACUACGGUGACAGGAUUACUGUAACUUGCAAUACCAGCUCGGAUAGCUUUACCAUUCAGUGCCACAACAAGGGACUCUGGAGUGGCCCCCAGAUCUCCUGUCCUGCACCUGCAUAUGCAGUCGGUCUUCCAGCCAAAUGUAGCGCUCCACUAAUUCCGAGGUACUCGUGGAUUCCAUCUCUUCAGUUGAGCUAUAACCAUGGUGAAAGAGUGACUGUCCAAUGUGACAAUAGCAGUGUUCAACCCUUUACCCUUCGAUGUAAUACCACAGGCUUAUGGAUUGGCCAAAUGCAACAGUGUCCUCCCCCACUCGCAGAGCCGGUACGAUGUAACACUCCGUACAUCCCGAGGUAUGGGUCAAUUGAUAACCUUCGUCUGGACUACAGUGUUGGUGACAGUGUUAGGAUCACAUGUGACAGCAGUACUGACAGCUAUAACCUUCGGUGUAACACUGAUGGGUUUUGGACGGGGAGCGUUCUUUCGUGUCCGGCACCAAUUGAAGAUCCAGAGAAGUGCAGCGCCCCUUAUGUCCCUAGGUAUGCCACAAUCCAAGACUUAAGAAUGAGCUAUGAUUUCAGUGAAAGAAUAACCGUGACAUGUGACAACAGUUCCACGCAGUUCACCCUACAAUGUCACACGCAUGGCCUGUGGAGUGGUCCAGUAGUGUCUUGUCCAGAACCCAGCACACCCCCUACAAGGUGCAACGCUCCUAGCAUUCCGAGAUAUUCAUCAGUUAGGAAUCUUCAAGCAUCUUACGACUUGGGCGCCAGGGUAAUUGUAAGAUGUGAUAAUAGCUCGGUUCGAUUCGGGCUCAGAUGUCGCACAGGUGGACUCUGGGAGGGACAGGUAGCAGUUUGCCCGCCACCUACACAAAAACCGAUUCGAUGUAACAGUCCGUACAUCCCGAGGUAUGGGUCAAUUGAUAACCUUCGUCUGGACUACAGUGUUGGCGCCAGUGUAAGGAUCACAUGUGACACCAGUCCGGGCAGCUAUAACCUUCAGUGUAACUCUGAUGGAUUCUGGACGGGAAGCGUUCUUUCUUGUCCGGCACCAAUUGAAGUUCCGGAGAAGUGCAGCGCCCCCUACGUCCCAAGGUAUGCAACAAUCCAAGGCCUCAAAAUUAGCUAUGACUUCAAUGAACGAAUAACAGUGACGUGUGACAACAGUUCUACAGAGUUCACCCUACAAUGUCAUAUGCAUGGCAUAUGGAGUGGCCCAGUAGUGUCUUGUCCGGAACCUCACAGACAACCGGUACGAUGUAACAGUCCGUACAUCCCGAGGUAUGGGUCUAUUGAUAACCUUCGUCUGGACUACAGUGUUGGCGCCAUUGUAAGGAUCACAUGUGACAACAGUACAGAUAACUAUAGCCUUCGGUGUAACUCUGAUGGAUUCUGGACGGGAAGCAUUCUUUCUUGUCCUGCACCAAUUGAAGCCCCAGUGCAAUGCAGCGCCCCAUACGUCCCAAGGUAUGCCACAAUACAGGACCUCAGAAUGAGCUACGACUUCAAUGAAAGAAUAACCGUGACGUGCGACAACAGUUCUACGCAGUUCGUCCUCCAUUGCCACAUGCAUGGCCUUUGGAGUGGCCCAGUGGUGUCUUGUCCAGAACCUUACAGACCUCCAGUAAAAUGCAGCGCACCAUACGUCCCAAGAUAUGCAACAAUUCAGAGCUUUCAACUGAGCUAUGACUAUAGUGAUAGAAUUACUGUGACAUGUGAUGGCAGCAGCACUCAGUUUAUCCUACAGUGUGACACGAACGGUCUAUGGAAAGGCCAGGCGGUAUCUUGUCCGGAACCUCCACAAGUUCCAAGACAAUGCAAUGCUCCUGCUAUCCCGAGAUAUUCAAGUAUUGAGGGGCAACAAUUGGCCUAUAGUGCUAAUGACGAAGUGGAUGUAACCUGCGACGGAAGUAGUUCUCAGUUCACCCUUCGAUGUAACAAUGCUGGAAUAUGGACUGGACCAGACAUCGAUUGCCCUGCGCCUGAUCCGGGUGCCACUCAUCAAACCUUCUGUAGUGCUCCGGUCAUUCCCCGUCAUUCAACCAAUCAGAAUCUUCGUCUCUCAUACAAACCUGGCGAUAGGGUUAAUGUGACAUGCAAUGAAGAUCCUAGUUCUUUCCUAUUGGUAUGUCGAGAAGGGAUAUGGAUUGGACAAAACAUAGUGUGCGAGGAACCAGCUAUAGAAUGCGACCCACCAAUCAUACCAGCUGUUUCAUCUGUCCCAAAUUUAAAACCUCGCUACAAGGUCGGCGACGAGGUGAACGUUACUUGCAACGGCGACUCUGAUUGGUUUAUUUGGGAAUGUCACCGGGAUGGUAAAUGGCGAGGAAGGGCCAUUGAUUGCCCUAUUCCAAGACCAUCCCUUGGCCAUGUCAGUGCCGUUCCAGGAAAUACUGCAGACAGAAAAGCUGGGAAUGAGAGCACAGGUUUCUUAACUACGGUUCUGCUUGUAACAGCACUGAUCGUUUUCGUUUUGGUGUUGAUGUCAAUGGCAGGCUUCUCGAUCUUCGUGAAACGUCGUGUCCGUUCAUCGUCAAACGAAUACCUGCAUGAUAAAAGUACUGACCGGGGACCACUCCCGGACGUCCCAUCGGGUUACGCAGGUUACAUUGCAGGUGACAAGCCUUUGUACACGGAACCCUACCUCCAACCAGACCGCAACACUCAGAACUACGAGGACUAUGAUACCCCACGUUAGGUUAUCUUGCUCAAAUCGGCAUCGGCGAUUGUUGAACGAUACA